AUGUCUGCCAGAAUCUCCACCAGCGGUAACAAGCUGAAGAUGACCCUCGGUCUGCCAGUCGGCGCAGUCAUGAACUGCUGUGACAACUCCGGCGCUCGCAACCUCUACAUCAUCUCCGUCAAGGGCAUCGGUGCACGACUCAACCGUCUCCCCGCCGCCGGUGUCGGUGACAUGGUCAUGGCCACCGUCAAGAAGGGAAAGCCAGAGUUGAGGAAGAAGGUCAUGCCAGCAGUCAUCGUCCGACAGAGCAAGCCAUGGAGGAGAGCAGACGGUGUCUACCUGUACUUUGAGGACAACGCGGGUGUCAUCGUCAACCCCAAGGGUGAGAUGAAGGGAUCGGCUAUCACUGGUCCUGUGGGUAAGGAGGCUGCGGAGCUUUGGCCGCGUAUUGCCUCCAACUCCGGUGUUGUGAUGUGA